AGAGAACAACUACCUGGAAUCAACGCUGUGAGUUGCUGAGAAACAGGGAACAACUGUCUGGAAUCAACACUGUGAGUAACUGAGAAACAGGGAACAACUGUCUGGAAUCAACGCUGUGAGUUAGAGUAAGAGGAAACAACUGUCUGGAAUCAACUCUGUGAGAUGCUGAGAGAGAGGGAAAACUACCUGGAAUCAACGCUGUGAGUUGCUGAGAAACAGGGAACAACUGUCUGGAAUCAACACUGUGAGUUGCGGAGAGAGAGAGGGAACAACUGCCUGGAAUCAACGCUGUGUGUAACUGAGAAACAGGGAACAAUUGUCUGGAAUUAACGCUAUCUUAUAUUACUCGACGGCCAUCUUUGAGAAAGCAGGAGUCACUCAGCCUGUCUAUGCAACCAUUGGAGUAGGAGUUCUCAAUACCGUCUUUACGAUGGUGUCGGUGGCUCUAGUGGACAGGACUGGCAGACGAACGUUGACUCUGAUUGGUUUAGGUGGGAUGUGUAUCUGUGCCGUCUCCAUGACAGUCGGCCUUGUGUACCUGAGUGUCUACUCCUGGAUGUCCUAUGUCAGCAUGUCGGCCAUCUUCCUGUUUGUGUGUUUCUUUGAGAUCGGCCCUGGUCCCAUCCCCUGGUUCAUCGUGGCUGAGUUAUUCAGUCAGGGCCCCAGGCCUGCUGCUCUAGCUCUGGCUGGCUGCACCAACUGGACCAGCAACUUCAUCAUAGGCAUGACCUUCCCUUACAUAGAGGCUCUGUGUGGUAGCUAUGUGUUCAUCCUGUUUGCGGUGCUGCUGUUUGGCUUCACUGUGUUCACUUACCUGCGCGUGCCAGAGACCAAAGGGAAGACAUUUGAGGAGAUAGCAGCUGUGUUUAAAAAGGGAAGGAAACAGACACCAGGAACCAGAAAGACUGGAACUGGUACUGGUACCUCCACCGAGCUGGAGCAGCUCAAAACAGACUCCCAGGCCUGACAUGCUCACUAGUUGCAGGGUGUUCAAGCUUUAGUUCCAGCCCUGCACUAACAUAUCUGAUUAGCUUAAUCUGGUGUGUUACCGCAGGGCUCGGAUAAUUAGCAUUGUGACAGAGUGUAAGUGAUGAUAGUCCUAAAUCCUGAUCGCCAUCUAGAUAGUUGUUUACUUCCAGGAACAACUCCUGUCAUGACUAACUUUACAUAACUCAUACACAGGUCCCAGAAUGUUUCCUGCUCAGGAUAAAGCAGACAGAAAAACUCCUGGCUCUACUGUAUCAUUCAUGGUCAGGACAAUAGUGAGAAAGACAGGUGGUUUUGUUUCGAGAGGUUACAUUAUCCUGUUCUACCAUGUUCAAUGUGUAACUGACUGAAUGUAUUCACACAAGUUGAAUGUCACCAAAUGGGACUUUAGGACUACUAUUAAUAAAUUACUGCAAAGACA